AUGUCAAGGCAAGCUCAUCUUCCUCCACGAUGUCCUUUUCAAAGGAAAACCUUAUCCGGGUGUGGUGCCCCAUCCUUGAACGGAGACACUCACUUGCGACCUAGGCAUCAGAAAUCUGUGUCCCAUAGCUCUGCUGCAGAGGAAAAACCAGCUUGGCUUGAUGAUCUUCUGGAUGAAUCAGACUUGGACUCGUCUGGAUUAUCACAUCGCCGAUCAGCUAGUGAUUCUUUAACCAUUUUGGAUAAUCUUGUUCCCCUGAAAAAUCUUCAUCAAUUUAGUGGAAGUGACAAUUCUGUGCCUCAUACAACUGGUGGGGUGUUGGAUUCUGCUUCUGUAUAUGGCCCAAAUUCUCCUCGUGCAAAAGGUAAGAUAGCCUUUGCCGAGGAUGCCAUAGCUUCUGCAUUGUCCGAAUAUAUCUCUCAGGAACAUCUAUGGAAUUUCUGUGGGGACAUGUGUUCUUCUGGAGCUGCUCAUUUUGAUGCACAGGAGGAUACUUGUGAAAUUAUUGCUGAGGGAAAGCCAGCUAAACGACAUCCUGGACAACGAUCAAGGGUGCGCAAACUCCAGUACAUAGCUGAACUGGAAAGAACUGUUGAUAUUCUUCAGAAAGUAGAGAGAGACAUGGCCUCCAGGGUUGCUUCUCUGCUUCAGCAGCGUGUUUCAUUAUCAUUGGAAAAUAACAAACUAAAGCAACAGGCUGCCAGAUUGCAACGGGAAAAACAGAUUGUGGAUGGCCAGUACAGGUCUUUGAGGAAAGAAGUUGAGAGGUUAAAGUAUUUAGCUUAUGCAUCAGACAGGAAGGUGAACAUCAAUCUCAGGCGAACCACUUCUGCUGAUAUUGCAAGUACAGAAGCACAUUGGCAAGUUUUAGACAUGGGGAAUCUCGAUCUCAACUAG